AUGUCGCUUUGCAGUGGGACAUUCCCUAGGUGCCAGUGGGGCUGCACGGAAAACCACGCGGGGGUUGCGGGUGGGGCUGCCACACCGCGGUCCAAGCAUCCAGACUCCCAAGGGAGUACAGUUAUUCGUCGUCUCAGCCAGGCAAAUAGACUCUUGUACUAUUGUAAUGAUCCUAUCUCUUUUAAUCUUUCAGAUCAUAAGGCCUAUUAUGGAUUAUCUGCCCCCAAACGUCAUCAAGUGGUCACAGCAAUAGAGUACCAAGAGGCGAUUUUAGCCUGUAAAAACCCGAAGAAGCCCAUUUCCUCCAGAUUAGAGUGGAAGAAACUGGGACGGAGUAUCUCCUUCGUCUACUACCAACAGGCUUUCCAAGGUGAUUUUAAAGAUCGAGCUGAAAUGAUAGAUUUCAGUAUCCGGAUCAAAAAUGUCACAAGAAAUGAUGCUGGGAAAUAUCGUUGUGAAAUUAGUGCCCCAUCUGAGCAAGGCCAAAACCUGGCAGAGGAUACAAUCACUCUGGAAGUAUUAGUGGCUCCAGCAGUUCCAUCAUGUGAAAUACCUUCUUUUGCCCUGAGUGGAAGUGUGGUUGAGCUACGAUGUCAAGAUAAGGAAGGUAAUCCAGCUCCUGAAUACAUAUGGUUUAAGGACGGCAGUCGUUUGCUAGAGAGUUCCAAACGUGACUCCCGGAGCACCAACAGCUCAUACACAAUGAAUACAAAGUCUGGAACUCUGAAAUUUAGCACUGUGUCCAAGCUGGACAGUGGAGAAUAUUCCUGUGAAGCCCAUAACUCUGUUGGAUCUCGCAGGUGCUCCCAGAAACGAAUGCAAGUAGAUGACCUCAGCCUAAGUGGCAUCAUAGCAGCUGUAGUAGUUGUGGUCUUGGUGAUCUGUGCUUGUGGCCUUGGUGUAUGCUAUGCUCAGAGAAAAGGCUACUUUUCAAAAGAAACCUCCUAUAAGAAAGGGAGCGCUACAUCAAAAUCCACUACAGUGACUGAAAAUGAUUUCAAGCACACAAAAUCCUUUAUAAUUUAAGAAUUCCACUUUUGAGAUACCCCAAAACUACAGUUGUUACCCAAGUUAUUAAAGUGUUAUAAAUUUCUGUGUGGUCUUACAUUUGGGAAGAUGUACAUGAGGAAGUGAACUGGUAUUUUACUAUAAUUUUUAUGACCUUUAACUCACCAGAAAUUAUUUUAAGCAAACGGUUCUGUCUUUACCUACAAUACAAUCUUGACCUCUUGUAUCUGGACUCAAGAAAAAUAGCCAAAAUACUUUGUAGUCUGUGAAAUAUUAACAAACGUCCUAAGUUCUGGAAGAAGCACUGUUGCAUACUGACUGCGAAGUUAACCCAGGAAUUAUGAACUGAACAUAUCCUCUGUGCAAGAGUCUGAUUUAGGAGGAUUCAGAAAACACUGAAAGCUCCCUCAUUCCUACCAGAAUCCUCUCCCUGAAUAAUCCUUACUCCAUUGCUCAUUUGUCUCUCAAGUUUCCACACAAGGGGGGCAGUGGGGGCUGGAUCUGCACUUUGUGUUUGCUUUUAUUUCUGAGAACCAGGAAGAAGACGAAGAGAAAUAGCUACUGACUGGAGCUCACUCACACCUACUGUGUCUCACGGACGCCCUAACUUUGAGAGUCACACAUAAACCCUUACUCGCCUCCCCACUUUCCCCAGACCUCUCUGAAGGGCUCAGUGAGCGUGACAUCAGGACAAGUCCUAGAGCCCGCCCAGCUUUUCAGGUACCUUUGCCUGAGUGCUGACUUCACAAUUCUGUCCUUAAACACCAGUCAGUGAAAUUCUGUGCUGGGCUGUCCUUCAUGGAUAUGGUCGGGGGUUUCCAAUCCUUAUGGCAAGGAAUAUGGAGGAGAGAGAGGGCUGUCUGGUGAACAAAAUAUGACUGAAUGUUCUGACUUCCUACAUCUGACAACCUGCUUCAUACAAAAGAGGCACAUGAGAAACUAUGCCUGAGAAAAAAAAGGUCUAAUCACGUGUUUUCUGAAUUAAAAAGGCCUCUGGUUAAUGUUACAACACAGAAAUUUCAAUGGUUCAUUUAAUAAUAAAAGCAGUAAGGCUGGGGGUUUUGUUUUGUUUUUUGAAACAGGGUCUUGCUAU